AUGUUAAAAACAACGAAUGUUGUGCAGUCAAGCACGAGAAUUCUCAACUUUUUAUCUGUCCCAGGUGCUAUUGUCAAGCCCAUCUACACGACACACUAUUCCUCGCACGCCGUACAACGUGUUCCAACUUUUCGAUAUACCUACACAACCACGAAUUUCAAGAUGCCACCAAUCCCGCCCAAGGGGGUGAAGGUCGCCGUUCUAGACGACUACGCUGGCACGUCGAAGACAUAUUUUGAGACUUUAGAACCUGGGUUCAAGUUCGAAUGGUUCUCUGAUACUCUACCCCCAUACAACCAUCCGGAUACUACAGACGAUGUUAAGAAACAGAUAGUAAAUAGAUUGAAGCCGUUUACUAUCGUAUCUUCGAUGCGUGAACGCACUCCCUUCCCCAGAGAGCUUCUGCAGCAGUUGCCCGGACUCAAACUCCUUCUCACGACUGCUACUCGGAAUCUAGGUAUCGAUAUGGUAGCUGCAAAAGAGCUUGGUAUCACAGUAACUGGUACUACUAACAAAAGACCACCAAAUGCACAAGCUAUUACCCCUACGAAACGAAAAGGUCCGGAUUCGACUACCCAGCAUACAGUUGCUCUCAUUCUAGGAAUCGCAAAGAAUCUUGCUCGUGACAACGAUGCUGUCAAGCGCGGAGAAUGGCAGUUAGGGCUGUCAACGGGAUUGACAGGAAAAACUCUUGGACUUCUCGGACUUGGAAGGUUGGGCAUUGCUGUUGGCAAGAUCAUGUACUCAGCGUUUGGUAUGAAGAUUAUCGCUUGGAGCUCAAACCUAACCCAGGAAACCGCGGAUGAAAAGGCUACAAACGCAGGCCUUCCAAUCGAGGACGAAGACGGUGACAAGACAUUCCGGCUUGUUUCCAAAGAAGAGUUAUUCAAGAACGCGGAUGUCUUGAGCGUACACUACGUUCUCUCCGACCGAUCAAGAGGUAUUGUCGGUGCGGAAGACCUCAAAUUGAUGAAAAGAAGUGCUCUGUUCAUCAACACCUCCAGAGGACCACUAGUCGACGAAGACGCACUCCUUCAGUGUCUCAGUAACGGAGCCAUCAAAGGAGCUGCUCUCGAUGUCUUUGCGCUGGAACCUCUGCCGCUUGAUAGCAAGUGGAGGACGACGAAUUGGGGUCAAGACGGGACGAGCCAGGUGCUGCUUACGCCUCAUACGGGGUAUGUUGAGGAAGAGACGCUGAAUAAUUGGUAUUAUGAACAGAGUGAGAUAUUGAGGAGUUGGCGAGAUGGGAAGGGGGUGGAACCUGUUAUUAAUUGA